UCAAAAAGAUAAAAAAAAAUCUAGAUGAGUUUGACCAUUGACUUUACAAGUAAUCAUCGUGGAAAAGCAUAAACAUUCCCCUACCAACCAUUCGAGCAACAUCGAUCCAAGCUGCCAUGGCCGCCGUGCUCCCGAUCUGCCUGCUUCUCUUUCUUCUCCUCGCCAUCCCGCUCACCCUCUUCAAAUCCAGGCGCCCAGCGCCUCAUCGUGGCCCCGGCGGCAGGGCCGUGCGGCUCCCGCCGGGGCCAUGGGCGCUGCCGGUCAUCGGCCACCUGCACCACCUCGCCGGCGCUCUCCCACACCGUGCUUUGCGCGACCUCGGGCGGCGCCACGGCCCGCUGAUGAUGCUCCGCCUCGGCGAGCUCGACGCCGUGGUCGCGUCGUCCCCUGACGCCGCGCGCGAGAUCAUGAAGACCCACGACGCCUCCUUCGCAUCCAGACCUCUGACUUCCAUGCAGCAGAUGGCGUACGGCGACGCCGAGGGCCUCAUCUUCGCGCCCUACGGCGACGCGUGGCGGCAGCUUCGCAAGAUAUGCACCGUCGAGAUCCUCAGCUCCCGCCGCGUCCAGUCCUUCCGCCCCGCCCGCGAGGAGGAGCUCGGGCGCCUCCUCCGCUCCGUCGCGGCGGCUUCUGCCUCGUCUUCGCCGGUGAACCUGAGCGAGCGCAUAUCGGCGUACGUCGCUGAUUCUACGGUGCGCGCCAUCGUCGGCGGCCGGUUCAAGCAGCGGGACACGUACCUGAAGAUGCUGCAAGAGGGACUCAAAAUCGUGCCCGGGAUGACCCUUCCCGACAUUUUCCCCUCCUCGCGCCUCGUGCGGCUCCUUAGCAGCGUCCCCGGCAGGAUACAGCGCCAUAGCCAAGGCAUGAAGCUGUUCAUGGACACCAUCAUCCAGGAGCACCAGGAGAACAGAGGCCCGGGCGGUGACGGCGACAAAGAAGAAGACUUGCUCGACGUGCUCCUGAGACUCCAAAAGGAAGCGGACUCCCAGUAUCCACUCACCACUGACAACAUCAAGACCGUCAUGCUGGACAUGUUUGGCGCCGGCAGCGAGACGUCGGCGACGACGCUGCAGUGGGCGAUGGCGGAGCUGAUACGGAACCCGCGGGUUAUGCGGAAGGCGCAAGACGAGGUCCGGCAGCAACUCGCCGGGCACGGCAAGGUGAAGGAGGCCGACCUGACAGAUCUGCGAUACCUUGGGUUUGUCAUCAAGGAGACGCUGAGGAUGCACCCGCCGGCGCCACUUCUGCUGCCACGCAGGUGCGGGAGCCCGUGUCAGGUUCUGGGCCUGGACGUGCCGGAGGGGGUCAUGGUGAUCGUGAACGCGUGGGCGAUCGGCAUGGACCCGGUGCACUGGGACGCGCCCGAGAAGUUCGCGCCGGAGCGGUUCGAGCAGAACGGGAGGGACUUCAAGGGGGCGGACUUCGAGUUCGUGCCGUUCGGCGGCGGGAGGAGGAUAUGCCCCGGCAUGGCUUUCGGGCUGGCGCACGUGGAGCUCGCGCUGGCGGCGCUGCUGUUCCACUUCGACUGGGAGCUGCCAGGCGGGGUGGCGGCCGAGGAUCUGGACAUGACGGAGGAGUUUGGUGUCACGGCACGGCUCCGGUCUGACCUUGUCGUGGUUGCCGUCCCUCGCGUCGCCGUGGCCACGGAGUAAACGCACUUUUGGUGAUGUGCAUCCUAUAUUCGUUGAUCUUGUGCGAGUUGAUUAGCCCAUCGUGCUCGCGUGGCAUGACAGGGUGACACCAGGCCCUUUGUCAAUGAGUAGGUUGAGCUGGAGUGA